ACCCCGAGGAGACCGACCGAGUAGCUUAUAUCCUGGACGUCGACAGCAGGCACGACGCUGAUGAUCGUGCCGAAACUCUUGGCCAUGAGCCCGCCCUCGGAAGCAUGCAGAAGCCACUGAGAGAGCUGGGCCGAUUGUGCCUCAGUACGGGUGAGCAGAGCAACGACGUCGUGGCGGAAGUUUGCACAGAGCCUCGUGGCGGACUUCCACUGCUGCAGGUAUGGCCGAGCGACUCACCGAGAGGCGAGGCCGACGGACAGGCACAGGCAUUCGUGUUCCCGGAUGUCCAGGAAAACGUCAACGACAGUGGCAUCGAGUCCAUACAGGCGUCGCCGUCUCCGUGCGGCGUAGCCAGCACUAGUCCGGCCACCACGCCUCAACAAUCCCGGCGCGCCAGUCUACUCCAUCCGGACCACGCUCGACUGCAAUUGCACCAUUUGCAUCACAAUCACCAUAAUUCCGGGAUUAAGAGUCCACCGACGCCAGACAGAACGUCCAUCGACGAAGAACCUCCGCUUCCGCCCAGUCCAUCGAGCUCGACUACUAGCAGUCUGCGUUCGAUGCCCAGUUCUGCGAAUGUACAGAUGCAUUCGCAAGAUAGGAGACGUAGUAGCAGGUACAGCAUGUUCGACGCUCUGGACCUGGAAUACGCCCUCUUAAGAGCAGCAGCCCGUGGUUCCGUGGGUCCUUAUUCUCUGUCGGAAUCCCUGCACAAGCUAACCUUCACCCAGAGCUUAGCAUUUCCCGCACUGGCCCGGGGUCUAGCUUCGAAGCAGAGCAUGCCAACCAGGAGACCGCAGCAGCACACGGAAAGCGGGUUGAACGCGUUCGCAAAGGUGGUCACCGCUCUGGUCUUGGUUCUCGUGAGCGUGUUGGUGUUUGGUGUGGUGUACAAGUUCGUGAGAACGUGAGGAUGGCUGCUGGUGCCCGAUCGACCGGCUGGCUCCACGCAGGAGUUCGAUCGACCGGGCACCAGUGACGCCUUCGAUCAGUGACUCGUUCGGCCGAUUUAUCAAAUCGUUGUGCAAUCAGCUAAAAGCUUAUCGAUUUCCGAAUACGUCGGGGACCGAGUGUAUCGUAAAAUAACGAUCGAGCCAUUCAACGAUAGCCAUUGAAUAUGCGAGUAAAAUUUCAACUUAUGAGCAAAGUUUGAACUAAAAUUCAAGAACUUUUUAAAGUUCAAGGAAGAUAAAUCUUCGCGCGUUGUUUGUUACGGGGCCUACCUUGAAGAACUAUCUCUAGUCGAAUAGUCGAGAUCGUUGUUUGCCAACGUUGGCUCGCAAUAUCGUGGAAUACAAACACGAAAGUGACGCGAUAGUUGAAAAUAGAACGAAACGAGGAAGCUUGGCAGAAAACAAUAAACCGGAAAUAUAGAUUGCUUCGAUGUUGAACGGGCGAGUCAAGAUGGUUAGGGAAUUUCCCAGGGAAGAAAGAAAGGCGAACAGAAUCACGGCGCUGAGAAUUUUACGACACCGCUAACAAGCAUUUUUACCGGUGUGCGACGCGAUCGUUCGCUGCGGCAUUUUCAUGCGGGCAAAGUGCGUGUGCGAAUUACGACCGUGCAAAUCGGUCGAUGUAACAUUUCCAUUUUCUAAAUAAAAAUCUCCCUUUUUGAAUAACGAACGGCCACGUUCGUAUAUAAGUAAGUAAUUAGCUUGGCAAAAUUUUAUAACAGCGAACUUUCUACCAAGUUAUCGAAAUUUAUCGAACGCUUUGAGUUUAUGGCAGAACUUUAUUUAUUCCAACGGAAUUUUAAUUAGCGCUGCAUCGGAUAAACUAACGCUGUCGUUUAUUCGAAUAUGAACUUUAAUUAGAAAUGAAUUUUUGAAGGAGAAAUUUUUGUGGGAGAAAUUGAACGAGACGUUGUAGAAUUAAAGAAGCUGUAUCACGGUCAUCUAUGUAGCGUAGCAAUCGAAAGAAUAUAUCUUUAAAUAUUAAAAAUUAACCUACAGUUUCCCUAAUCUCUAUUUGAAUAAGUAAAAUUAUAGGAGAUUCUACUGUUCGUGAAAUAUUUGUUCAAAUGAAUAAAGUUUUGCUGUGAACUUUGAAACCUUGUCCGCGUGCGAACAUAUGUCACAAUACAUGAAGCAAGCGCGCGUUAAUUGGAUACAAAUCCGUGACUCUUCAAGUGCUUUACACGAUUCUAUCCCGAUGACAAUCGCUCCGACAUUUAGACCGUAGUUUUAAGGGAAAUCGAGGCCGAACUUCUCGCGAAGGAUUUCAAACUCGCGGAAGCGCUCAAUGUAAUCGUCGCGCCAGCAUGUCGCGAACGCGACCGCGAUAUUAUCGAGAUGCUUCUCCCGUCUCGUACGCUAAAUGUCACAUUAAAUACAGCCCGUUCGAGCGUUUCGUCGCUAUUGAACAGCGACUUGAUGUGAAAUUAUAAAACGUCAGAAAGUUGUCCUCUUGCGUCCCGUCGAGGCGUGCACUUUCGUAAUUAAAAUGCUCAUUACACAAAUUUGUAUACGUCGUUCGAUGUUGUAUUGAUUUUAUGCUUGUGAUUUAAAAUUCCGUUUGAUUUAUCACGGAAUUAAAAUUCUCCUAUUUUGUACGCAAUUUAAAUUUUCUUUCCGACCGGACAGGGUACGCCGAUAUUGGCGACGUUCAAAUGGAAAGAUUUAUUCAACCUUCGUAUUCAACGCUUGAAUUUUACUCCUUCAGGAUGACAUUUUUUGGAAUUAAAAUUUCUGCCUAUUUUUGGAAUUUAAACGUAGAGGAAUAAAAAGAAACGUAGAAUAUAACGGUUUCGAAAUUUUUGUUUCGAGUGUAUUACGUAAAAGUUAGAAGGACUUUUCCCGUUUGCGUUCACGCCGUUUUACGUGGCAUAUUUGAUUUAUAAGAUUUUAGAUUGUUGUCCAUCGUUUACAAUACACACUGUAGGAAAGUACUGAGAGUAGUAUCCAAUACUACUUUUUCAUUUAAAGGUUACUAUAAUUCUGACACGAGCCGUACAAUUCGAUGGAAAUGUAUUUCGUUCACGCCUCAAGAUAAAAUGCAGAGAGAAACCUUCCUUCCAGGCUUACAGAUCGUCGACACUUAAGACAAGAUAAUCGUGAAACAUGUGUACACGUAUAUUCUAUAUAAAAUACAUAUUGUAAAUAUACACAUAUACAAGUAUUAACCAA